GUUUCAGGAAUGCAAGGCCUUGGAACAUGCGUAGUGAUCGCUUUGCUGGUCGAUGUGAUGAGCGCAGUGGAAAGAGGACCAUUCAUCACUUGUCUGAACCGAUCGAACGGAGAUAUCACACAACUCCAUCAAAUAGCUAUGGUUACCACAAUGUACAAUGCACUUCCGCCGUCUUCUAGAUUGAAAUGGAAUUAUAUCAAGGAUUAUGACGGAAAGUACGUCAUCCCUUAUGCUUUCGGAGGAUCUUACGAAAAUGCUGAAAAGGAAAUAAUUCGGCGAGCGAUGGCGAAAGUCGAUAAAAACACGUGCAUUCGAUUUCAUACUCGAUCUUACGAAAAGGACUACGUCGAAAUCCAAAAUCAUGAAGGCGAAGGAUGUUUCUCAACCGUGGGUCGAUAUGGUGGGAAGAGUAUUCUGAUGCUUGAAGCAAGCAGAAUGGGAUCGUGCAUGCAAGAGCAUACAAUAAUUCACGAACUGCUGCAUAUCGUCGGCUUAUGGCAUGAGCAUAUGCGUGAAGAUAGGGACAAAUACAUCGUAGUCCACUGGGACAACAUUCAAAAGGGUUAUCAAAAUCAAUUUGCUAUGGUUGAAAAAUCUGAUGCUGUUACGUACGGCUUACCAUACGAUUACUUGUCCAUAAUGCAUUAUGGAAAAACUGCAUUUGCUAAUCCUAGAUCCAUCUCGAUGGAGCCAAUGGAGAAGCAAUACUUGGAUCUCAUAGGAAAAGCGAAGGAGCCAUCGGAAAAUGACUGGAUAAAAGUGUGCGCGAUAUACGAGUGCAAAACGUGUAUGGGAAGAAGGAUUAAGCAGGAAAACUACAUUCAAGCAAGUGCGACAACGAGGAGGCCAGCAUUUCAACAGCCAAGUACAAGUUGCAUAGACAAGGAUCUCUUAAACUGUUACUUCAUGGACAAAAAUGGAACCCUUGACUGUGCUAAAUAUAAGCAUCUGUGCUGUGGCACAUGCAUAGCUUUGGCCAAGUUGGCCAAGUAUGGUAGAGCACCAUUCAAGACAUCAAAAGCUUAGGUUAAGCGUAACAGACACGUUACGACAACGGAAACAUCGGAAACGCACACUUGGUGCUCUUCAUUAAUUUUAUCUGUGAGAGUUUAGUCAUGUAACUGG